AUGGACAGCGCAACUUUUGAAGACUGGUUUCUCAAUCAUCUUAUGCCAGUUCUUAAGAAGAAAAAUGGUAGAAAAGUGGUGAUUGGAGACAACCUUGCUUCACACAUUAAUAAAACAGUUUUGAACGAGUGUGAGAAGCACAAUUGCCGAGCUGAGGCGUGCCCACAACAGAAAACAAUUAGGAAAAAGAAACUUAAUGUACCACUUGGAAAAUCAAUCUGUGCCACUAACCUUGCAGAAACAGGUCCAUCGGGUUUACAGCAGGCUAAAACUAUAAAGGAAAAGAAAAGGGCAACAAAACGAAGACAACGCAACGUCUCUUCAUCUUCAAGCUGCAGUGACAGGACCAUCAGUCUAGCUUCUUCCACUGAAGACCACAUAAUGCCUUAUGACUCUGAGGAUGAUGUUCUUCUGGACAACUAUGUGAGUCAGAUUAGUGAUACUGAUGCACCUGCAUUUCGACAUUCGCCUGAUCUUCAGCAGGAGAGUGAAGUAGAAGAGGAGUGUGGCUCUCCUGUUCUUCAAGUAACAGAUGUAGAGCAACAGCUGUUUGAUGCUUUUAAAGACUUCACUCCCCUUCAAUCCAUUGAGGAUAUACAGAUCGUUGAAGAAAAAUGUACUGAAAGAGAGGAAAUGCAGGUAGUUGUAGAAGAUUGUCGAGACAAAAACUUACGGGUCUCGCCCGCACGUGAAAUAGAAAAGUUACCGCAGGAUAAGUUAGAGCCACCAGGUUCUCGAAGAGGUUCACUUUAA